AGUGCCAAACAGUGUUUGUGUGUGUGUUGCGUAGCCUGUAGAGCCUAGCCUAGUGUUUUGUGGCAGUACCGUCUUCGAAACGUCUUCCAGAAGAUUGUGCGAAACGAACCAAACGAAGAACGAUCGAAAAUCGAACGAAAAGCUAUGUUUUGUGUGCGUACUAAAUCGUGUGUCGUUACGAAACUUAACUACCGGUGUGGCAGGUGCCAAAUGUGCGCCGAAACCAAAAGCAAGUGAGACGAAAAUCUGACCCUUUGACACCUUUCCUCCACGAGACACAGGGCGUUAAUCGUGCAUUGCGUCAGUGUGAAAUUGUUACAAGUGUGAUAAGAGCCCUAGUGCCGUGCCCGCGACCCACUAAUAAACAUCAAUUGAGGGGUGCAACAGCCGUUUUGUUGCAAGUGCAAUCAACAAUUGACAGCAAUUGAAAGUGGCUUGCAGGGUGCAUCCAGUGCGGAUAAGCUAACGCGGCACCGUACGGAACGACGCGAUACCGAUGAAGAUGCCAUUUUUGACGAUCUUUCUCGAGAGUCCCGAUUGAUAUGCGUUCUGUGUGUGCGUGAGAAUUAGAUUGAGAGCGAGUUGAUACUGAACAACACAACCGCACCGGUAGAAGGUGAAUAUUGUUUUUAAACCUCAGCUAUACCCACUGCCAACCACCGUGGCCAAAGUGUUACAAGUGUUCAACGUAACGAUACAGUGAUUUGAGGGAGACCAAAGACAACGAAAGCGACCCGAAACAAAGCAACCACCCUCGAGGCUGCACUCGUAUCCAGUGCCGGUGUGCGUGUAGUUCGUAAUAUGGCCAAACCGUUUUUGCUGCCUGAAUCCGGCCCAGGCGGAGGAUCAUCUUCGUCUGGCGCGGGUCCGCCCACGAAUGCACCGUCCAACGCCAACACGGUUGCUGGCAACACUGCGCCCAGUACUCCCGCUCCGGUUGGCACGGCCAGUGCGGCCACUGUGAAUGGUUCGGGAGCACCGGGCCAUAUCCCGUCGGCUCCAAUCCCGGUGGUCGGUGCUAACUCGUCCCAGCAGUAUCAUCUGCAGCAGCUGCACCAUCAUCACCAGCAGCUGCAGCAGCACUACCAAUCCUACCAAGGAUCGCACGGGCCGCUGAUGACCGUGCCGGGAUCAUCUAUCGGUGGUAGCCUGCCGGUCGAAUCGCAUCUGAUGCUGCCAAUGACACCACCGGCCAGUGGUUUUGCGACAGCCGUCCAAACACCGCAGAUGGCACCCGUCAACGAGCAGCUAGUGCAGGCCCUGUACGAGGCCAUCUAUCGCUGUUCUCUGGGAGAUGGACCCCCGACGCCACUGUCCCAGUCACCCCCGAGCGCUUCCUGCAGUCCGUUCACCAACGGAGGUUAUUACGGUUCGGGGCAGGUGUUCUUCCCACGGACUCCGGCGCCCACCAACGGUGGACGCAAUGGUGCACGUGUGUUCUUCCAGCAGACUCCGGGCCAUCCGUACACGCAGAUGCCCCAGUCCCAGCCUACGCCCGGGUCAGCAACAAGCCAUUCCAGUAGCAGCGGAGUUAGCAGCUCCCUGGACACACCGUCGUGUUCAUCCGGCACACCGCACUAUCACCAAGGUCACCAACUUCAGCCAAUCCAGUUCAACUGGCAGGACGAUGGAGACUCGAGCGAAUCGGAAGGAUCCUCCUCCCAGACCACCUCCUCGUCCGGCUGCAGCCCGCACUGUUUGGGGAUGGAUGGUGGGGCCAGCAGUUCGUUCAGCAGCAUGCCAUCAUCGACCACCGUCAUCAGUCCGUCCUCGUCCGGUGGUACACUGUACGCUGCCGUGCCGCCCCAUCUCGACUAUAUGGCGGGCCGGGAACAGUUGCAGGAGUUCCCGGGCAAGAUACCGCAGCGCAAACGGAAAUCGCGCACACCAAAGCCGAAAAAAGCGGGUCUCUUGGAGCAACCCUUGAUGUGGCAAAUGGCUGUAACUGCGGCGGCGCUUAUUGUGCUCGGAUGUGGAUAUCUUGCCGCAAGGUGAACCCAGAUAGAAGGAUACAGCUUCGUCGACUUCCGAACCAGUUUGCCAGCGUUUGUCCCAUGUUUUGUUCAUAGAGCACGGGGACCGAACCCAACCUGGAAGCAGCGUAAAAACAUCCGCCACCAUCCGUUUGCUGGUGGAAAUUUGCGGGAAACAAAACAUCGUAAACACAGUUGUUAAUGUGUUUAACCAGUUUUUAUAUGCGUAGUUAUAAUGAAACAUUUCAUUUAAAUUAGCUAAGACAUGCAGAAAGAGAUACAGAGAGAGAGAGUUAGAGAGAGAGAGAGAGAGAUAGAUAGAAAGAAAGAGAGAGAAACAAAUGUCAGAAGAGAGGAAAGCGUUCGGUUAGGACCUCUCACAAUUAGGAACAACGUGAUAAAAAGACAUAAAAUAAUUAACUUUAUUCGAACGCCGAUUUUAGACGCGGAACUCUUUUAGCGAAAGAAGAUUCAAGAGGAUGAAGAAGAAUACAGUAACAACAAAAAAAAAAACACUCGUAUUGGUCUCAACUUGCAGC